ACAUUUAAAUAGUGGAGUUAGAAGUCUCUCCGCCAGUGUGAGCGCCUCACAACAUGUGGACAAUCACAAGCACGCUCCUGCUUGCAUGCUGCCUCCAGGCAGCUCUAGUUCAGAGCCAGGACCACGACGACAUCGAGCCAGGACACACGGGGAACGUUUGGGAAGACAUGCUUGACUUUUUCACCAGAGACACCAGAGAUGAAUGCAGCAUGAGCGUAAGAAGACAAGAUGAUCUGAUGAAGCUCCGCAUCACUUGCCUGGGCAUGGAGCGCUCUUACUGGUGUGAAUAUCAGGGCAAGCCUCAGGUCUGCCGCACGUACAAUAACAGACCACAGCAUUACUUCAGGCAGAUCAUGUGGGACCUCCGCAAGCUGACGAAUGCUUGCCAGGGCCAGCGUGUCCUCAGGCCUUUAAUGUGCAGGAGGGCAUCCAACGAGGCCCAGAUGGUCUUCACAAGCGCUUCCUCAUCAUACGCCGAGCCACAGGACAGGCACUACAGACCUGUGCAGGUGAGACCACAACAACGGGAGCAGAGGCCAAAGCCUACUACACCACAAACAUUAAGAACCCAACCAGCCAGAAUUAUUCAGGACAAACCAAAUCAACCCAAAGCUGUCAAAUCCACCACACAGAGGAGAAUCAUUACACCCAAACCUACUGUGUCACAACCCACUACGCAGGUACCCUUGAGUGAGGCCAAGAAACUUGCCCAGGAUUACUGCUGGCGCUCAUUUCGGGGAGUGUGUUCCUUUGUCAUAGGGUGGUUCAGAAACUAAGAAAAAGCCAAUCACAAUCCUGCAAACAACAAAACCCCAUUCAAGAUUACUCCAAAUGUCUAAGAGCAUGAAGGUUUUGGACUAACAGAGAGAAAUGGAGGUGUGUGUUACGACUGACAUGACUCUGAGAACACCAUCAAUAUAUUCUUAUGUAUUGUAAAUGUACAGACUCUGAUCUAAUCUUGUUAUCAGAAUUGACAAGAUUACACUGCUAGUUAUCAAAAAAAUUAGAUGUUGAGCAUAAUGCUGGCAUGUUUUGCUAUAUGAUGAGGAACUUCAUGUGUACUGAAUACUAUGUGUAUUAAUCUUGCUAUGUUAUAUAUUUAUGAGUGCUGACCAAUUAAUGGUCAGUAUUUCUGAAAGCUGUGGAGUCGCAGGUCACUUCAGACUGUGAUAUAUCAAUUUGAAAAAGGUGUAAUGUACAUUAGAUAUAUCUCUGUUUCUAAUACAUUUUAUAGUAGAGUAGGUGAUACUCAAAUGUAUAUAUGUUUUUUUGCUGAAUAAAUUGAGGUUCUUUAUCUUUUCUUUUCGUGUGGGAGUGAUUUGCAUGAGCGUGACAGUAGAGGGCGCUAUUGUUUUAGAAAAUACUUCGUUUCUGAGAACGGUCUUUCAAGUGUAGGUCUGUGAGGGCAUUUACCAUACAACAUUAUGAUAACCAUAGUCCACCACAAUACUGUAUUUACUUGUUCAUACAAAAUAUGUUAUGCUAUGUAUUUUAUUACUGUUUAAAAAGUUUAAUUCAUAGAAA